AUGGUGAGCCUCAGGGUGAACUUAAAGUGUCCUCCGAUGCUGGAGGAUGAGCUGCUGGUAUCCAUAGGGAAGAAGUACAAUAUGAGUAGUGCUCAAGUGGCUCUUCGCUUCAAUGUGCAGAGAGGAGUCGUAGUGAUUCCUAAAAGCUUCAACCAUGAGAGGAUCAAACACAACUUCCAGAUAUUUGAUUUUUCACUCACGGAGGAAGAAAUGAGAGCCAUCGCAGCACUGAAUAAAAACAUCCGCUUUGUGGAGCUGCUGAUGUGGAGUGAUCAUCGAGAGUAUCCCUUUCACGAAGAAUAUUAGACUUUUUAUAGGAAUAUUCCAGAGUUAUAAUAAGCGCAGGUCUAUUAGAUAUUAAGGGGUGUAAACAUCCAUUAGGGACCCAAAUGAUGGGAACUGGAGCAGUUUUGAGUUUGAACAGAACAUGUGUUUACAAUAAAAUUACAAUGAAUGUUGGCAUGU